AUGCGGCUUUUCCACGGCAAUGAUGAAUGUUUAACGAUUCCGGAAAACUGGAGUGAACAUCCACAGCAUAAUAUGGUAAUCUAUGAAGGAGGUGCAGCCGUGAAUCAGGCUAGAUCCCUAUGGCGAAUUGAGUUAAUUCGCAUGAAAUGGCACGGAGCAAUGGUUGGAUGGGAACAACUUUUUAGGAUUAAACAUAUUACUAGUGGACGGUAUCUCGGAGUGAUAGAAAAUGCUGUCCAACUUUACCACAAGGAUAAGUCUGAUUUUGAUCUUACCGCCUUUGUUAUGUAUCUCGGAGUUAUAGAGAAUGCUGUCCAACUCUACCAUAAGGAUAAGUCUGAUUUUGAUCUUACAGCUUUUGUUAUGUGCCAGAAUAAGGAUCCAAGAAAGCAAAUGCUGGAGGAGAAGGAAGAGGAAGGCAUGGGCACAGCCUCGAUCCAAUACGGUGAAACGAAUGCUUUCAUACAGCAUGUGAAGACGCAACUAUGGAUGUCAUACCAAACGUCUGAAGUUACCAAAAAAGGCCUUGGAAAGGUGGAAGAGAAGAAAGCUGUGGCUUUGAAAGACGGUCAUAUGGAUGACUGCUAUACCUUCUUUAUGGCUCUUGAAGAGGAAUCAAAAUCGGCUCGAGUGGAAGAGAAAAAAGCUGUGGCUUUGAAAGACGGUCAUAUGGAUGACUGCUAUACGUUCUUUAUGGCUCUUGAAGAGGAAUCAAAGUCGGCUCGAGUUAUUCGAAAAUGUUCCAGCGUCUUGAAUCGUUUCUUGAAGUGA